AUGUCUACUGUCUCCCGUAAACGGGAUGCCAACCACCUAGGGGACAAUGGUGGAACCGCUGCUGAAGCAGAGACAAAGAAACCCAAGCCAAAUGGAAGCAUUACGUCGUUUUUUGGCGCCCCCAAGGCUAGGGAUUCCGCAGCGCAGGGCACAACAAAGCUGUCCUUCGCUCCCAGGCCCAAAGUAAGUUUUAACAAGGAGAAAUGGGUUGCUGGCCUAACAGCAGAGCAGAAGGAACUGCUCAAACUGGAAAUAGACACAUUGGACGAGAGCUGGCUGGCUCAUUUGAAGGAUGAGGUGAUCACCCCAGAAUUCUUGAAUCUGAAAAGGUUUUUGAAACGGGAAAUUGUCGGAGGUGCGAAGAUAUUUCCGCCGCUGGAGGAGGUGUAUUCAUGGUCCCGACACACUCCCCUCCACACAGUCCGCGCCGUAAUCAUCGGCCAGGAUCCAUAUCACAACCACAACCAAGCCCAUGGCCUCUGCUUCUCCGUUCGGCCUCCCAUGCCUGCCCCUCCCUCACUAAAAAACAUAUACAUAGCCCUUCAAAACGAUUAUCCCUCCUUCACCAAACCACCCAACAACGGAGGCUACCUUGCCCCCUGGGCGAACCGUGGUGUCCUCAUGUUAAACACAUGCCUUACAGUCCGCGCGCAUCAUGCCAACAGCCACGCAAACCAGGGUUGGGAGAAGUUUACUCAGAAGGUCAUUGAUGUGGUAGCGAAGACGAGGACGCGUGGGGUUGUGUUUUUAGCUUGGGGUAAGCCGGCAGGAAAGCGUGUGGCCCAUAUUCUUCGUGACAAGGAGAAGAGGCAUUGCGUAUUGCAGUCUGUGCAUCCCAGUCCGUUGAGUGCGCAUGGUGGAUUUUUUAAAUGCGGCCACUUUAAGAAGACCAAUGAAUGGCUUCUGGAACGUUAUGGCAAAGAUGGGAUUAUUGACUGGGCUCUCAUCGAGGAGAAAACAUCAUCAUCAUCAUCACCACCACCACCAACAGCACCAAAAACGAAUAUAGCUGUAGCUACAGCGACCGAAACUAACCUUCAAAUCAACUCCACCACUGUCUCCACCACGGCCAAAGCGCAAGCUAUCGUACCGAAAGGGGGCGGGAUCCCCAGUUCGUCUCUGUUAUCGGAAGACGAGGAUGAUGAUGCUGAUGCAUUGGCUGCUCUAGCGGAGGCCGAGUAUGAACUUCCUAACUGA